CAAUGUUCAGUCGCUAUAAGCCUUCGUAAUUUCGUAACGAGUUGACUUCCGAGCAUCUUUCCUGUCGUCGUACAAAAGCGACAUGAAAGUUUUUCUCACGUUUCUACCACUGUGUCGACCGAUUAAAUAUUUAAUUACGAUAUUACGGAAUUAAUUAUUAACCAAAGUAUGGGGCGGAGUAUCAUCGAGUUUGUCGUAUUAGCGAUCCGGUCGUUUUAUUUUCCAUCGCCUGUUUCGAAGUGGUGACAAACUCGUAAUUGCGUGCAACGACGAUCGGUCGAUUCUCGACGCGUUUUCGGAUCUAUCGUUAGAAAUCCUUAUCGAUUUAGUUACGCGUCCGCCGAUUGUCUAAUUAUUUUAAUUGAUAUCUCGAUUUUUAUCCGCAUCUUGGUACCUGUGCAUGUGCGCACAAUCGAAGCUUCACUAUCUUUUUUUACGUAACACUCCGUUGGUAACGUAUGGAUUUUAUUGUACCCAGAGUUACGUAAGCAAUAUAACAUCGAUUAUAACGAAUGCUAGGAAGCGUCUUUCGACUUGCUUUGUUAGCGACGCAAGCUACAUGUUCGCCAAUUUCUUCGUUUUUAUCAUCGAUAUCUGUGCUUACGAUAUCACUGACACGUAACAUCGUUGCUGUACGUUUUACAAUUCAUUCCGGUUGUGCUCGAACGAGACUGGCCGAGGCUGUCCCACAUUCUGUAACGCGACACCUGUUUGUCAGCAAAUUAAUAGUUGCUCGAAUCUCAUUGUGAAGAACGAAGAAACGUAGUAACGGAGAAAUGCGAACGUUCACAGCGACAAGAGCGAAUUCUUUAAUUCGAUGAAACAAGGAUCGUUGCGAUUAGAAAUAAAGCUGCUGUUUUCUUCUAGCUUCGUUCGAACAAAUAGUCCAUUUCUGUCUUAUUCGUGACUGUUGGCGCGCGAAUUGCUGUUAUCUCGCUUACUUGAGAUUUAUCAAAAGUUCGAUGAUAACAAUAGACGCGUAUAUACGUACGUGUGCGUGGUGGCAUCGAGCUCGUGCUGGCGACUCGUCGUGUGUUUUAUCAGUCGACGCGAGUCGGAGCGAGCUGCGGUGUCCCAGAUUUUCAGUCGUACGUAUACGCGACGGUGCAUAGCACGCAGCCGGUUGUCGAUCGUUCGCCGAUCCUAGAUCGGUCCAUCCUUAGAACGGUUUCGCGGUUGAACGGGCGCGGAUCGAUCGAUCGGUAGCUGCAUCUACGGUUACGUUUCCGGAUACUCGGAAUCGACAGAGUGGUCCGGACACAGUCGCGUUCGUAUCGAGAUCGCGCUUGCGCUUCGAAACGCUCAUCUUCGGAGCAAGAGUUUUUGGUGAACGUGUGUCUUUCAGUGAUGUGGAUCGUCGAACGAGCGGCAACUACCAAGGAUCACGGUGACACGAACAGGGCCGAUUUGGAGCAAGUGAAAAGAUUCUGAGGACAGACAGAAUCGAGAACCGCUAUGGAAGACGAGGACUUUGGUUUCACGAAGAGGUCUGACGGUGUUCUGAAAAAUGUUAACAACGAUUGUAAAGAUGCGACGAAAAACGACGAGGGUAGCUAUUUGGAGAAGAAGACGGGGGAAACGGUUAGUGGGCAUAGAUCAGUGAUGACAGCGCCGUUAUUCGGGGCGACCGAGACCGGAAACGCCGUCCCUCAGCGGCCAGCGACCGCCUCUUCAUCCUCUCCGGCUUCCUCAGUCGUUUCCAACCCGCCGAACAUACCGAACGUGGUCGAGUAUCAUCUGAAAGUGAAGCCCGGACAAACACAGAGAAUCUGUCGACUCGAUAACAGUAUCAAAGGUCAAGAGCUGAACGAUAUGAAGAAGGACAAAAAUCUCGCUUCUUCCACCGACAAGAAGAAGGACCUCGUGUCAAAAUUGUCUCGUCUAUCCAUCGAUAACAAUGUCUUCGAGGGUUCGACGGAUCUUCCUCAGGUGUUCCAGGUGAAAUAUUUGGGCUCUCACGAUGCCAGGGGCCUCUGGGGCAUCAAACACACGAGGAGGCCCGUCGAUAAUAUGGUCGCUGCCGCGAAGGCCUUACCGACCAACACCAUGCUCCCUCUGACCAAACUGGUCGUCUCUCAAGAAGGCGUUGCCCUGCUGCCUAUCGAGAAAAGGAAACAAGACUCCAACUUUGCCAGGAUAUACGCCAUCGAAACGAUCUCGUACGGUGUUCAGGAUCUCGUCUACACGCGUGUCUUCUCCAUGAUCGUUGUACGCGAAACGGAGAAUUUCAGGAGAGUUUCGCCGUUCGAAUGUCACGCUUUCGUUUGCGAAUCGAAACAUCACGCUAGGCAGCUCACCUGCGCUUUAGCCACCGCUUUUAACAUUUAUUCGAGAACCGUGAAGGCGCAGAACCAAAUGGCUGAGAUGGCAAGCAAGAACGCGAAGAAAAGAUUCGCCAUCGAUCUUAGAAGUCCCGAGGAGAUCGAAGCCGAUUUAGCUGUGGAUUCUGAGGCUUAAAUUAGGUUCUUCUUCUUGAUGAAAUGUUUACUUUCUCUAUUUUGCUAUUGCAAGACUGCUACGGCGAAUUGGCGAGAACUAGUGUCACGCAGGAGCGUAGGACACCUGCUCGGUGGACGACACAGGGUACACAUCGUCGAAAAUAUUUAAUAUAUGUAGAUCGCGUUAUAUCGACGGAUACAGGGUGAUUCACGGGGGCAAUCGGAAAGAAGGCGAUUCUUCGGCAAAAGAAUCGAUCGAUAGAAUAAAGCUUGUUCGUACUUGUGACGCCUCAUUUUCCAGAGUGAAAUGUAGAAUAUCGAAAGAAACGAUCGUGCGUGCUUUUUGGUUGCUCCACAAUUUCGGAAUCUUCCUAUACAAGUCCAUUUAAGAAAAAUGUUUAUACGCUAUACGAAUAAAAGAUGAAUGGCUUGAUCUUCUUCUAAGAAGUUUCUUAAAGAUGCAAACGUUUGUAUCGUCAUUAGUUUUUGGUUUAUAUCUGUAAGUGAAUUAUUUAAGUACUAAAUAUUAUUUUUUUAUUAUUGUUAUAAUUAUCAUAUUCGCGUAAUCGUACUAGGAGGCCAGUGGCUAUCAGGUAUAGGAUCAGAUCAGAGGUGUACAUAGGUUGAUUUUGAUUAUCUUUCUUUCGACUGAAAUGUACUUGAAUCAGAGUUCCGAUACGCGCUUUAGGUUUCUCCUGACAAAUGUGAAAGUGUGUGUGGGCACGAAAGUUGACGAAAUUAUUGUCGUUAAUUAUUUUAUCGGAAUUUAUGAACGGAGGAAUAGGCACCGCCUAUCCACGAUAUAAUGGCUAGUUAUCCAAAGAUACAAAAUAGAGAAAGAGCCGAAGAUUUACCGAUUCGUAUCGGUGACUUUUGCCAUCUCGUAUCAUAUUACCUGAAUUUAAAAGAAAAAGAGAUUGGAUUUUUCUCUAGCCGCUUUGCACGUGUGCGUGUGUGUUUUUAGUUUCUUUUAUGUUUUUCGUACUUUCGUUAAUGUACAGUAACCGCGUCCAGUACUAAUUCUUCUAUAUUGCGUAAUUUAUUUUCGACUUAUUUUAAGCCACGAGAGACCAAUAUCGAAACAUAUCAAUCGUUGUAAAUAAAUGUUUGACGGAAAUGUCGUCGUUAAUGUUUUUUAGCUUCGUAAUGAUUACGUAAUAAUUUCGACGUUUUAUUUAGCCUUUAAGUUAAUCUUUGCUUUCCGUUGAUUAUUACCGCAUCGUCGUAGUUUGUGUUUCUAUCUAGGCUUGGGACAUUUGUGUAACUCCUUUCCGCGCGUGAUUGCUUAAUUAUAAAUAUGAAGAUAGCAGUAUUAGUUACAUGUACGACCACUAUAUACAAUAAAUUUGUUGCAGACGCUUCAA